UGCAAUCAGAUCAGCACCUCUCCACCACCGGGAAGAGAAUCAUACCACGAGUGGCCUGGAGGAAGCAUAAAAACAUCACCCGAGGCUAGGUGUAGAGGUCAAAACGGAAUUGGUGAGGCUCACAGAGAGUGCACGGUGAGGUCGGUGCAGUGGGGUCAUAGUGGCUUGGCUGCGCCCCCCUUUGACGACCACUGGGUCCAAGAGGAAGAAAGGUCACCGGGUACAUCGUUUGGUCUGAUCGCCUUGACGCUUCACCAUGGGAGAGUGGACCAUUUUGGAGAGGCUGCUGGAGGCGGCUGUCCAGCAGCACUCUACCAUGAUUGGCAGGUGGCCGGAAAAAGGAGACCAAAGGGAUGUCCGUGUUGCUCUGUUUCUACUGGAUUUGAUCCUGCUCACCGUGGUGGUGAUUUUCCGCAUCCUGAUCGUUGGCAUCGUGGGCGAGAAAGUGUACGAGGACGAGCAGAUCAUGUUCAUCUGCAACACGAUGCAGCCCGGCUGCAACCAGGCUUGUUACGACAAAGCCUUCCCCAUCUCGCACAUCCGCUACUGGGUCUUCCAGAUCAUCUUGGUGUGCACGCCGAGCCUGUGCUUCAUCACCUACUCCGUCCACCAGUCGGCCAAAGCCCGGGACCGCAGCUAUUCCCUGCUGCACCCUUACAUGGACCACCACGGUCACGGUCACCACGGCCGCCAUCACGACCAUCACGCUCGCAAGCUACACUCCCGCAACAUCAACGGCAUCCUGGUGCACCCCGACAGCAGUAAGGAGGAUCACGACUGCCUGGAGGUCAAGGAGAUCCCCAACGGACCUCGAGGACUCCCUCCGACGCACAAGAGCGCCAAAGUGCGGCGACAGGAAGGAAUCUCCCGUUUCUACGUCAUCCAGGUGGUUUUCCGCAACGCCCUGGAGAUCGGCUUUUUGGCGGGCCAGUACUUCCUGUACGGCUUCAACGUGCCGGGAAUGUUUGAGUGCGACCGCUACCCGUGCGUGAAGGAGGUGGAGUGUUACGUCUCUCGCCCCACGGAAAAGACCGUGUUCCUGGUCUUCAUGUUUGCGGUCAGCGGCAUUUGCGUGGUGCUCAACCUGGCUGAGCUCAACCACCUCGGCUGGCGCAAGAUAAAGACGGCCAUCCGCGGCGUGCAGGCCCGAAGGAAGUCCAUCUGCGAAGUGCGCAAGAAGGACGUUUCCCACCUGUCUCAGACCCCCAACCUGGGCAGGACCCAGUCCAGCGAGUCGGCCUACGUCUGACAGAGGCUUCUCCGCCUGGGGCCUUUGACAUUUCGGAGAAGAGGUUUUCUCCUUGGCCCUGGACCCCCGAUGACCUUUGGGGCACAAAAGGUCACCGCUGUACUAUGACUUUGAAGGAGCACAGAGAAGAAGAAUCAGCUUUCCAUCACGGACUUUGGUGCUGCUUAAAGCUCCUUUCUGAAAAUGAUGGAGCUUUGCACUCUGCCUAGGUGACACUAGGUGCCUUUAAAGAACCCAACAGACAGAAAUGAGCAAUUUCAUAAAAAUAAAAUCAUGGAAAGGUAGGUUGCAAUUGCACUGAGGAAUACCCCCCCCCCCCCCCCCCUCCUCAUUACUUGCCUUUGUUGUAGCUCAUGAAUACUGUAAUCCUCUUUGAUUUCCUAAAAUGUGCACAUAUGCAAAAGAUGCACGAGUGUCGAGGAAAAAAGCCAAUCGCUCACCGGAGUUAGAAAAUUGAAUUUGAAGAUGAUUUGUAAUACUGAGAGCGAUUCAUACAUCUCAUUGCCACUCGGCGGACAAACGCUCCACAUUUUUUUCCUCAAUGAAACACAAUUUCACAUGAAAUAGCACCGAGUAUCCAUGUGCAAAACCUUUUCUGAUAAACACUGACGUCACAUGGCUGCUUCUGCCAGUAAUUUGGCAACAUUUUGGUGCUGUGCAAGACGUGGAGUCAGUCAAACACACGUGCGCACUGAUGAUGAGUCCCACAUUUACCUCCCAGCACUGUGUAACACACCUCAGUGCUCAGGAUGCUCGCUCGCUAGGCCAGGCGUUUACUUUCAAGAGCAACCGGAAAAAAAAAAAAAAAUGUUGAGAAACGGGUUGGCGUUUCCACUGUGUACGACCACCGUCUGAGGACACAACGCAGCCUUUUCAAUUCAAACAUAAAAUAUGUAUAUACGUAUAUGGUUGUCAUAUAUUUUAAGCUUAUCCACAAGCAGAUUUGGUGCCGUAUUUUUAAGGUACUGUACAUAUUUGACAUCCAGGAAUUCAUUAUUAUCGAUGGGCCUCACUUGGAUUUGGAAACACCAUUUAAGGUGGGAAUGAAGAUGAAUCCGGGAUGACCAGCUUUAAUAAUAUGUAUUAUCAAUGUGCUCUCUGUUCAGCCUUCAUCCUUCCAAAGGAAAGUACAUGUUACGGAAAGUGUUUCCCUCAUUCCAUGGACUGAAAAAGGCAUGUUCAAGAAGCAUAAAUAGAAUGGAUAGGUUAUGACAUUUAACUUAAGAAGACUUUUAUUUAUUUGCAUCCUGCUCCUGUGAAUUGUACUCCGCAUGCGUUAUGAUAUUAAGCGAUACAUAGCCUCCCGUCAUGGGAACAUUGAAAGUGAAUAUUUGAAAGGCUCCCGAUCUGCAGCAAUAAUAUUAAUAUAUAUUAUAUGAAAAGAAAAUAAGUCAAUAAAUUAUUAUGCAAA